AUGGGAAAGAGCGUCCAUGUGGUGCUGCUGGCCGGUGGCUACUCUACGGUUAUUGCGCAAGGCGUAUCCGUUGCGGCUGAGGCUGCAGGGUCGCCCGGCAAGCUGACGGGUGCACUGGCGGCUGCCACAUCCAUGGGAUCAGCAGUGGUUCCAGCACUGCUGCCCCUGGACGGCGCACCGGCCCUAGUACGGCUGCUCAAGGCCUUGAAGGCGGUGCGGCGAAUCACUCUUGCUGCCGUGUGGGUGGUCCACAACGAGAGCGACACGGCACGGAUCAUGGGACCAGGCGGGCUGUUUGGCCCCUCACCCGCAUCCGACCUGGGUCUCCCUGCCGUCAACUUCCUGUCCAACGGCGCGUCGGGGCCCGACAACUGGCGCGGCGAAACCGCGGAUUUCAGAUCCGCGCUGGCCGCCAUCCUCAAAUCCGGAUCCAGCGAUGCAUGUGUGGCGGGCAUCUCCUGCACCCUGGCCUUCAUGCCCAACUACAACCUGCAGCGCCUGUUGGAGCACUCGUACCUGCGGAACCGCGAUGUGCUGGGCUUCAGCUUACUCAACGGAGUAGAUGUGGCGCUGCUGGGGUCGCAGGGUCACUUGGAGACGGUUCCGGGGGAUGACCUCGCACUGCCACGGCUCGAGCGACUGCGGCCCCUCAGCGAUGUCAGCCCCGGGGCUAAGGUAGCGGAACCGUACCUGUUCCUGCGCCCCGAAACCGCGGCGGCGGUGGCCAGCGGUGCCGGCGGUCCCAGCGGCUGGCUGCAGGGCCUGGGCAGCGGCCUGAUGGAAGCGGGCACGUACAUAGCCGGCAUCGACCUCAUGUUUGGGCGGUACAACCUGCGGACGGCGGAGGCAGCCGACUACGCAGACAGGUUCUUCGCGUUCUGUUCCACAGCAGCCACCGACCCCGCCAAGGUCGGCCUCAAGCCAGACGCCGUGCUGAGGCCGUACGAUACAAACCCCGGCGGCACCCAACCCGAGUUGCCGCCGGUCCCCGCCGCGGGCUCCUUUAUCGGGCGGAGCACGGCAGCAAAUUUCCGGUUUGACGUGCUGGACGGUACGGCCAAGUCCGACUCGGCGCUCCAUGGCACCGACUACGAGGCCUUCACAAAGAUGGCGGCGGCCUUCAACAGCCGUUUCUUCGGCGAUGCUGCCACCAGCAAGGCCGCAGCCGCAGGCAUGAAGCACUAUCUGCUGCCUCCCACCUUUUAUAUGACCGCCUACCGUCGCCAGGGCGCCGAUAUCAUGCUGUGAGGAUUCCGGGGCGUGGCGAGCUUCAGAAGCGGUGGCAGCUUCGGUGCUAUCGGGUCGCCGGGCGCUGCGCCGGCCUGCGGAUUAUGUGACGUUUGGUAGACCAAGGCAUUAAUGGCCACCGCUGGUGAUUCCCCAAG